UAUAUUCCACCUGUUUUCCAUCUAGUAUUAUAUAUAGUUAGUGCCUGAAUUGAUUUCCGUGAGGGAAGUGUGCCGCCAUUUCUUGUUGUCGUUUCACCCAGCACCUGAAAACAUGGCCGAGGCAGAAGAAACCCAGAAGAAGAAGAGGGCUUUCCGAAAGUUCACCUUUCGGGGAGUAGACCUCGAUCAACUUUUGGAUAUGCCAAAUGAGCAGCUUAUGGUUUUGAUGCAUGCUCGUGCUAGAAGGCGAUUCUCUCACGGUUUGAAGAGGAAGUCCAUGGCGCUUGUUAAGAAGUUGCGUAAGGCAAAGAAGGAGACACCUCUGAACGAAAAGCCAGAGAUCGUUAAGACUCAUUUGCGUAACAUGAUCAUUGUACCAGAAAUGGUUGGGUCGAUUGUCGGUGUAUAUAAUGGGAAGACGUUUAAUCAGGUGGAAAUCAAGCCGGAAAUGAUUGGUCAUUAUUUGGGGGAAUUCUCUGUUACAUAUAAGCCUGUGAAACACGGUAGACCAGGUAUUGGUGCUACUCAUUCCUCGAGAUUUAUUCCGCUAAAAUAAUCUGCGUUCUUAUGCGAAUAAAAUACUUAAAAAUUUAUACAA